AUGGCGACUCCAGACGAAAUUCAGGAAAAGACAUUUUGCAAAUGGCUCAAUGCAAAGCUAGAGGCCAAUGGACUCCCACCAAUGAACUCGCUCGUAACGGACUUGUCAGAUGGAGUCAGGCUCAUCCAACUCAUGGAGAUUAUGGGAGAUACCUCUCUCGGAAGAUACAACAGGGUUCCCCGUAUGCGCGUCCAAAAGGCAGAAAACGUCAACAAGGCUCUCGAGUUUAUCACCAGUCGUGGUGUCAAACUCACAAAUAUCGGUCCAGAGGACAUUAUCGACGGCAACCUCAAGCUCAUCCUCGGCAUGAUCUGGACACUGGUCCUCCGAUUUACCAUUGCCGACAUUACUGAAGAAGGCCUCUCCGCCAAGGAAGGUCUCCUCUUGUGGUGUCAACGAAAGACUGCACCGUAUAAAGAGGUCGACGUUCAAGACUUUUCGUAUAGCUGGAAAGACGGUCUUGCGCUAUGUGCCCUCAUCCAUCGACAUCGACCAGACCUCAUCGACUAUGACUCACUGGAUAAGGGUGACGCAUUUGGCAACACUCGACUCGCAUUCGAAGUCGCGGAUCGCCAUCUCGGUAUUCCUCAAAUCCUCGAAGUUGAAGACUUGUGUGCCGUCGACAAACCAGACGAACGGAGCGUAAUGACCUAUAUCGCCAGUUAUUUCCACGCUUUUUCCAGCAUGGACCAAGCAGAAACCGUAUCAAGACGAGUCGAAAAGUUCGCAGACCUCAUGCAGAGCGUCUGGAUCAGCCGAAACGAUUACGAAAAGCGCGUCAAGGCCUUACUCGAGGCGAUGCGAACCCAAAUCGUCACAUGGUCCUCUGCGACAUUCGACGGCACAUAUCACUAUGCCAAGACGCAGUCGGCCCUCUUCAACGACUAUAAAUUGUCUACGAAGCGCACCUGGGUCACAGAGCGACAAGACCUCGUGUCGCUUUUUGUGAAUAUCCAGACAAAGUUGCGAACGUAUGGCCUCAAGCCGUAUGCACCUCUACCGGAACAUAGUCCGCAAGCUCUCGAGAGUCAGUGGGAGGCACUCGUAGCGGCUGAAGCGAAGCGCUCCAGACAGAUUAAUGCAGAAAUUCGAAGUAUCAAGGACCGUCUUCAGAAACGAUUCGCAGAGCUCGCCGACGAGUUCGAGUCUCAGAUACGGGAGUUUUCGUCAGACUUGGCGGCGAUAGAGGGAACUCUCGAGACUCAGCAAGCAGCGGUUCAGGCGCUCGCAGAGGACCUCAAACCCAUGUCCACGCGCCUCGAAGCCAUCAUGGCAGCUGAACAAGAAUGCAUUGACGCCAAUGUGGAGGAGAACGAUUAUACAAUUUUCUCGCGACAGGAUCUCGAGUUUGAGCUCGAGCUCGUCCAACAGGCUAUCGCAAAGCGCUUGCUCUUUAUCGAUAACCAAAUUGUGUCGCGGAAUAUGACGAAUCUGACUCCAGCGCAGUUGGAGCAAUUCGAGAGCACUUUUAGGUACUUUGACAAGGACGAGACAAAUACGCUCUCAGUGUCCGAAUUGGCGGCCGCCCUUGCGAGUUUGGGCAUCGUCUACUCGGAGGAGGACAUAGACGUGAUCAGCCAGCAACUGGAACAAGAAUAUGGCGCCACAACGUUCGAGGCAUUUAUCAACCUCCUCGUUGAGAUCACAGAAGACCAGACGUCCGCAGAGCAGCUACGGGAAGCCUUUCGAGGCAUCGCACAAGAAAAGCACUUUGUUACAGAGAUGGAUCUCCAACUCGCACAACUAUCCGACGGGACUAUUGCGUUUCUCACGCAGACGAUGCCCUCGUUGAACGAGGGUGCCUAUGUCGAUGGGGAUGGUGGCGGUCGAGGGACGGAGAAUGGUGCGAUUGAACCCAAGUUUGAUUAUGAGCGUUGGCUCGACGAGGCCUUCCAGCCCAGCUGA